AUGACGAUCCACCACGGCGAGCUGGAGGGUGGCGUCUCUGACGAGGCUCUCCUCGACUUGCUCACCGCGCCGACGUUCCCUGUCGCCAAGCAUGGAACUAAAAGGAGGGACUCCGAGCUCGAUCCACUUCUGUUAGCAGCUGCAGCUGCAUCAGGCCCGCACGUCACUCGAAACCACUAUGCGCACGACUUCUUCCCCGCCGUCGGUGAUCCUCGCGCGGAAGGAGCUUGGGACUGGACAAAAUGGCGCGGGGACGACGCUCUUUCGCGGCAGGAACGCAAACCUCGCCUCAAGUACGUGAGCAGGCAGAAACCGCGUAGGCAGAGGUUGCGGGAGCUCGGGAUAGAGGCAAACGAGGAAAAGGAAAAUGGCCCUGCGAGAGAAGCCACGGACCCCUUGCGGUGUGCAGGCAAUCUUCCCCCAUCUGUGCCAAAGGCUUCGUCGUCUUCGACUUCUACAGCCGUCUCAUCACCGGCGACUGUGCCAUCUCCCGAUGCUUCCAGAAGCGUACCAGCUACUCCCGCUAUAGAGGUCAAGUGCAUGGCACGGACCAGAGUUCCUACCCCUCAUGGGCCAGUCUUCCUGCAUCUAUACCACAAUAACCGCGACAACAAGGAGCAUCUUGCCAUCGUUGUAGACCCUGCGCAAUUCCUAGAGGAUAUUCCCCAUCGCGCACCGCCCAUUCGCAGUCGCUCUUUAGAUGCUGUAUGGUCGGAGUCCGAGACGGAGGUGGAGCGUAUCACUCGCGGCGCAUACGUUGGGCGACUCUCCCAGACAUCGCAGGUUCCUUCAACUCCGUGGGAGCACACGAAUCAAAUGACUGACAAUGUCCCUUCACCUCUUGUGCGCAUACACUCGGAGUGCUUUACGGGAGAGACCAUCGGGAGCAUGCGCUGCGAUUGCGGCGAGCAAUUAGACGAAGCCAUUCGGCUUAUAUCGCAACCCAUCACCAUUCCAUCCUCUUCGCCAGCCUUACCGCCUGUCGUUAUUCCAGGUCGCGGUGUCGUGGUGUAUCUUCGCCAGGAAGGCCGUGGAAUAGGCCUACUAUCGAAAAUCCGCGCAUAUAACUUGCAGGAUCUUGGCCACGACACUGUGACUGCCAACCUGAUGCUCGGGCACAAGGCAGAUGAGCGGGGGUAUGAAAUCGCUGGCGCCAUCAUGCGCGAUCUCCGCAUGGGCACCGAGAGGGGCGAGGGCGUGCGGCUGUUGACGAAUAACCCGGACAAAGUGCAUGCGCUGGAGCAAGAGGGUAUCCGCGUCGUCGAGCGUGUUCCCAUGGUCCCGCGGUCGUGGCAACGCCGGCAGGCAAAGUAUGCUGCACAGAGGAACGCCAUCGACAUUGCCGUGUCGUUGGGGAUGGAGGAUCCACAUGUUCAUGGUUUAACUAUGAUUGGUGGUGGAGAGGUGUACGGAGAGGAUUUGGACAAGUACUUGCGGACGAAAGUUCUGCGGAUGGGCCAUAUGCUGCCUCUCCUCCCGCAGGACCCAGAUACUAUCUGA